AUGGAGGAGAAGAGAAAACCGGAGAAGAUGAUGAUGGAUGACACGUCAUCAUUUUCAAUGUUUUCGGGCAUGCCAAACAGCGGCUUGUUGGACCGGGAUUUGGCCGGUUUUGAGGAUCACCGGGAAAUGAGCUCCUUAGGGUUUUUGGAGAUGUCCGGUUUUGAGGAUCUAAUGCUUGGUGAUAUGGAUAGGGACAAUUUGAUGGUGGCGCUAGAGUCACAGCAGUUGCCGUUGGAAUAUUCGGAGGUGGUCCACACGCCCAAUAAUUCUUGCUCGUUAUCAUCGUCCUCGGCUGAGCUGGCGGCUGGGAAUGGCGGACAUCGGAAAAGGGUCGGUGCGGAGGAAGAAGAUGAUGAGGAGGAAGAAGAAGAANUUUGA